AUGUCGUCCAUCGUGUCUCCGUACGACCCUCCACCGACCAUCCACUCGGUCCUCUUCAAGUCACCUCCAGAAACGGUUCCACCCACCGAUGAACUCGAGGCACUGCAUACUGAGCUUACUCUCCUCAAGCAGAGGACACUUGAGAGGGCGAGGAAGGCUGGGGAGGACCUGAAGACCAUUGAAGAGUCUAUGAGGCGCCUGAAAGAGAGAGAGAAGGGAAAGGCGAAAGCAGUCGAGAAAGUGAAGCGAGAGCGAGGCUUCACACCUCUUCCUAAUGGCGACGAGGCGAGACUCUCCGCACAACCCCAAGCUCCUCCGUCACGAUCUAGGCUGCCUUCUGUACCCGUUACCCCGAUAUCACAGAGCACCACUCCCUCGCUCGAUUCCCGGAAGUUAAUGCCAGAUGACCUAAAGAAGCAGAAGAAGAAGAAGCGCAAACGCGAUGAGCUUAGCGAUGCAGAACUAGAACCGCAGAAAAUGCGAAAACCGUCACCAUUGCCUCCACACACGCACCCACAUCCUCCACCAUAUCCACACCCACCACCACCGAAAACAUCGAAGGCCCAAAAUCCACCCCCACAUCAGUCAAGCAAACCCCCCGCUGGACCAGAUUUUGCCGUGCCUGCUCCAAUGUCACUUCUCCCCCCCCGUCCGCCGGUGGCACCUCCACCAAUACCGGGGCCCAGCAAGCCCACAGAUGUCAUGGAAGACUUCAGCAAGUCCAAACAGCCCUCGCAAGUGCUCGUGAGCACGUUCUACACCAGCAUCGAGCCCUGGAUUCGCGGGAUCAAGGAGGAAGAUAUCGGCUUCCUCGAGUUCAAUGGCGACGAGAUGGAGCCGUUCGUGAUGCCGAAGCUCGGUCGACAUUAUUCGGAAGUAUGGGAGGAAGAAGAUAUUAAACAGUAUGGUGGCCCUCUUCCUGGCACAGCUGCGACACGCCCUGUAUCUAACGCUGCCUCGUCAUCGACGCUGCCACGGUGGGAACCAUCAACGCUGAUGGAGACAGAUCUGCUCACGGAGGAGAGGUCACACGGGCCUUUGACGGAGCGGGUCGUCAGCGCCCUUAUACCGAUGCAGAAUGCGACCGAGUGGAAGGGCGUCAAGGCAGCAGAGGAGGCCAUGGAAGGUCGGCCAGGGACAAACGGCGCCGCUGCUGCCGCCGCCCGAGACAAACUCAACGUAGCGGACUUGGAGGACCGUGUCAAGAACGUAUUGCGAUUUCACGGCUUAAUCAACGAAGUCCCCGAUUUCGCCGAAGCGGUGGAUGAUCCCAUUGCCACGGCUCUUAGACAUGCUCAACGCGAAUUGCGGACAGUUUUUGCCACUAACAAGGCGCGGAAGGCUCGUUUAGUAGACAUUGGGCGAGAUCGCCUGGGCUACCAGGAAUACCUCGAGCUUCGCGAUUCUCUCGACAAGAAUAUAACGACUUUCUAUACCAAACUGCAGAGGAAAGACGGCCCCAAAGCGAACAAGAAGAAGAAGAAGCCUGGCGAGCCCAAUGGCGCGGUCAAUGGCGCCACCGGUGGCGUUGCCUCGUUGCCUCCGUGUCCUGCUGCGAUCGGCUUGGGGCCGGACGAAGAGAACCACUUGGUCGUACCAGAACAGCUGAAGCGACUGGUGCAGACGCGGCGGCAGUGGGUCGAUACUAUCGGCGGGGUGUUCGAUGAGAAGCAACGGGACAGUCCUGGGCGCAUCUGGAGUCUGCCGAAGACCAGCAUCUACGAGGGGAUCGAGGAAGAGAUCGGGGAGCUGUUGGAGCGCCCACCUGCCUCUGCGUCUUCUUCCGGCUCGGGUUUAACCCUGCGAUUGGGCCCAACCCUCCCGGUGAGCGACCCAGAUUCACGGCUUAACAAGGGGAAAGCGAGAGCACGGGGGGACGACAUGGAGCUCGGCUGA